AUGGAUUAUACUAAAACUUACUGCAUUAUUGAAAGAAAUAGAAAUGAUUUUAUUAUUUUCCCUACAAAAUACAUAUAUUUUGAAGACGAUAAAAACCGUGUACUCCCCAUAUCGGAAGCGACUGGUAUAGUUGAAACAUUUUUUGCUUAUGAAAAUGGAAGGGUGAAACAAAUUAAAAAAAUAAUUAAAUGUAGCGACAAUAUGGCCGAGUUACAAAAAAGUAUGGAAACUGGAAAACGAUUAAAGGUGAAAAAAAAUUUGUCAUUCGCCACUGAACCUGAAAGUGCUGCUGCAAAAAAAAAACGCUUAGCACAAGAAGAAAAACAGAAGGCCAAUUCAAAAAAAAAACCCAGAUCGAAUAAUAUAAUAACCUCAGCUAAAGAUAAGAAUAAUAACAAAAAUUCAAAUGAAACAAAUAAACACACUGGAGUUGCAAUUCUAGAGGAUGAUUCGCAGAAUACAGAAACUGGAAGUGACAACGAUGCGGAAGAUUUUGAAAAUAAUAGUAAUUAUCAAAUACUAUUCGAUGACACACUACCAGUCUUAGAAGGCAGUGACUUGUUUGAGCCGAAUUAUUCUUCCACUCCACCUGAUUCACCAAAUCAUCUGAUGUUACCUCUAAGCCAUGGUCAGAGCGGCCAUGAUCAGAGUGACCAGGAUCAGAGUGAACAGGAUCAGAGUGACCAGGAUCAAAAUGAUCAGGAUCAGAAUGACCAUCAUCAGAGUAGCCAUGAUCAAAGCGACCGUAGUCAGAACAGUCGUAAUCAAAAUACCGAUAAUCAGAACAGCCAUGAUGACGGCAGCCAUGGUCAGAGUAGCGUUCGUGAUGAAGAAUCAAAUGAUGAUGUUAUGGAGGAAUUUUUCAAUAACUUGUGGCCAGAAGCAAGUUCAAGUUCUGUCUUAAGCGUAAAUGUAACUCAACUGAAGCAGUGCUUCAAAGAGUUUGGAGGACAUAUGAUGGGAAAUAUUAUCAAAGUGUUGAAGAAAACGCAAAAUAAGAACGACGAAUAUGAAAUACCCCCAGUUAUCAAUAAUAAGAUAAAGAUAUUAGGAUCAUUAUUGGAUGCUGAAGAACUAUUACUAGCUAAAGAUGUAACAACUAUGAGAAUCUGUGCCAACCACGUGAUUAGAGCAUUUUGGCCGCUAGAAGAACGGAAGAAAUUAGUGCUAUCGAAUAGAAGUGGGCAACCAGCGGGUAGAGUAACAAUUAAACAAGAUGAUGUGGAAAAAAUAAAAAGUAAGUAUUGUUAG